GGGCGCGAAGGUGCGGUAGUUGUUAAUAUCGUUAAUAUAUUAUUAUCUGCCGUCCCUGUCCGCUCACGUUGGUUUUUGGCCAGUGGUUUCCGAGAGUAGUUAUCGGGGGAAGAAUUGUGUGGGGGUGGAAGAUAUUUUUGAUUCUUGGACGGUAGCGAGAGCUGUCUCUUUGCCGCCAGUCCGGCUGGUGCCCGCGGCCCCCGAGGCGCGGCGGCCAUGCUGUGCACGUACGUGGUGCGACGCUGGCUCCGCCUGUCGGCCGCCCGCCACCACGUGGUCAAGCUCACUCCGCAGCAGGUCACCACCAUACUGCAGACCAACGAGCACACACACACGGCGGAGGGGCAGCGGGUGAUCGACCACUUCGACACGAACCAGCUGCCGUCCAACACGCCGUGCGAGGACAUGCGCUCGGAGGCGCGCUGUCGCCACACCGGAGACCACCUGCUGGGCGUGUACGACGGCCACGGCGGUCGCGCCUGCGCCCAGGUGACGAGCACGCGCCUGCCGUCGUACCUGGCGGCGUCACUGCUGCCGCGGCCGCAGCUGGAGCAGCACCUGGCGCGGCUGGAGGCCGGCGACGACGACCAGCACUCGCUGCUGGAGUGGCCCAACGCGUUGCCGCCGUACGCCGACGAGCUGGACGCGCUCCACGAGAGCAGCUAUCUCAGGUACGUGCGUGACCUGGUGCAGGAGGAGUCGGCGCCGCGUGACGUGGGCCACGGUCUGCAGCGCGCCUUCCUCCGGCUGGACGAGGACCUGGCCCGGGAGGCGGUGGAGUCGGCCGAGCGCGACGAUCCGCUGGGCGCGGCCACGCUGCGCGCCGCCGUCUCCGGCUGCGUGGCGUGCGUGGCGCACCUGAGCGCCAGCCGCCUCCACCUGGCCAACGUGGGCGACUGUCGGGCCGUGCUCGGCGUGCUCAACGACAACAACCAGUGGGUGGCGCGGCCGCUGACGAAGGAGCACGACUGCGACAACGCGGACGAGGUGCAGCGCAUCACCGAGCGGCACCCGUCGAGCGAGCGGCCACACCUGCUGCGCGACAGCCGGCUGCUGGGCAUGCUGGCGCCGCUGCGCGCGUUCGGCGACUUCCGGUUCAAGUGGUCGGCCGAGGUGCAGCGGCGCGUGGUGGCCGCCAGGCUGGGCGGCGACGCCGUGUUCCCCGAGCUGCGCACGCCGCCCUACCUGACGGCCGCGCCCGAGAUCACGUACCACAAGCUGGCGCCGCGCGACCGCUUCCUCGUGCUCGCCUCGGACGGCCUGUGGGAGCAGUUGCCGCCCAGCGAGGUGGUGCGCCUGGUCGGCGAGCACGCGCACGGCAAGACGACGCUGACGCCGCUGCGCCUGCCGCGCCGCGACCACACGCUGAACCAGGUGUGUGAGAUCCUCGAGGCGCGCCGGCGCGGCAUCGGCACCAAGCCACAGGACGCCAACGCGGCCACGCACCUGCUGCGCCACGCGCUCAGCGGCACCGAGUCCGGCCUCAACCACGGCCGCAUCUCGCAGCUGCUGACGCUGCCCGACGAGCUGGUGCGGCUCUUCAGGGACGACAUCACCAUCACGGUCGUCAUGUUCGACCCGGACGCGCUGCGGCCCAACUGAGCGUGCCGGCGGCGCCGCCCGCCGCCGGCGGCGAGCGCGGCCGUGGCGGCUGGCGCGGGCGUGCC